AUGGCAGGCCUAGCAGUGGGAGGGAGCGGGGUAGAGAGGGGGGAUAAGAGCGUGCGUGGGGUUGUGGGCCUAGAUGAUGACGUGAUAGGCACUUCAAACUCCUUCCAGAAGUCACCCUACCCCCCUCCUCCAUCUCUCUCAUACACGUACCAGGAGAUGUGGGGUUGUGAGGGAGGAGGGGAAGCAGAGGUAGUUGGGGCAGCACAGGCAGCAGGAGGGGUCGGACUUGACGCAGGAGGGAUAGCAGCGGACGCAGAAAGAGAAGCAGUAUCGUCAGUGCUGUCGCAUGCUGCUGCCCAGCGUCUUGCUGCGUGGCUGUCGCCUGCUGCCCUGCGACUGUCGCUUGUUGCUCUGCGACUGUCGCCUGCUGCCCUGCGACUGUCGCUUGUUGCUGCGCUGCUGGCACUGCUUGCUCAGCAGGUCGACCCCACACGUGGCGAUUCCAAGCGGAGGGAGGGGGGGCUUGCUGUGGCUGCUGUUGCUGUUGCGCUGAUGCCUCUGGUUCUGUUGCUUCCUGUUGCUUCGUUGCUGCUGUCGCCUGUUGCUGCGCUGCUGCUGUCGUCUGUUGCUGCGCUGCUGCUGUCGCCUGUUGCUGCGCUGCUGCUGUCGUCUGUUGCUGCGCUGCUGCUGUCGCCUGUUGCUGUGCGACUGUCGCAUCUUUCUGCGUGGUUGUCGCCUGUUGCUGCGCGGCUGGCACUGCUUGCUCAGCAGGUCGGCCCCACACCCUCGUCCUCCUUCCCCCCUCCCUCUUUCCCCCCUUCCUCUUUCCCCCCAUCCGCCUCUUCCUCCCCUACCUCCUUCCCCCUUCCCUCUUUCCCCCCAUCCGCCUCUCCCUCCUCUUCCUCCCUCCCCUCUUCCUCCUCGUCCUCCCCUUCUUCCUCCCCCUCCGCGCUGCUGCUGCAUUCCAGAUCGCGGCCGUGGCCUUGUCGCCUGCUGCCAUUCCUCCUCCUCAUCCCCCCUCUCUCCCUCCUUCGCUCCCGUCCUCCCCUCCUCGCUCACUCCCUCUCUCAUCUCCUCUCUCGCUUCCCCUUCCGGCCUUUCCAUCUCUUCUUGUCUGACUCUGUCGCCACGCCGCCAGAGGCGAGUGGAGGCGCGCCGGCGGAGCCGCACGCAGGGAACGCGCAAGCCGCCAAAGCGCCGUAUAAGAUGCCCACACCGGAGGAGAUGGCGGCUCAGGAGAUGAUGAAUCAUUGCGGCGUACGAACCGUUAUUAGCGGCGUGAUGGGCGGAGGCAUGGGGGUGAUGAUGGGUCUGCUGUUCGGCGCGUUGGACCAGCCGUUGCAUGUGGAGGAGAUGAGCACGCGGCAGCAGCUGGUGCAUGGGUUCAAGCAGAUGGCGCAGCGCAGUUGGCACACGGGCAAGACCUUUGCCGUCAUGGGGGCGAUCUUCUCGGCAUCGGAGUGCAUGGCAGAGAAGGCGAGGGCGAGGCAUGAUGAAGUGAAUACAGUCAUAGCUGGCUGUGUCACUGGGGGAGCACUCUCAGCCAGAGGUGUGUGUGUGUGUAGUUUGGAGGUGAGUCUGAGCACUGGCAGUGAUGGGGGCGAUCUUCUCGGCGUCAGAGUGCAUGGUGGAGAAGGUGAAGGCGAGGCACGAUGGGGUCAACACGGUCGUUGCGGGCUGUGUGACUGGGGGAGCACUCUCAGGCAGAGGGCUCCAUCAGAGUGCAUGGGCCAUCAGAGUGCAUGGGCCAUCAGAGUGCAUGGGCCAUCAGAGUGCAUGGGCCAUCAGAGUGCAUGGGCCAUCAGAGUGCAUGGGCCAUCAGAGUGCAUGGCAGAGAAAGCGAGGGCGAGGCAUGAUGAGGCCAACACGGCGCCUCAAAAGUCGUCUCAAAAGGCGCCUCAAAAGUCGUCUCAAAAGGCGCCUCAAAAGUCGUCUCAAAAGGCGCCUCAAAAGUCGUCUCAAAAGGCGCCUCAAAAGUCGUCUCAAAAGGCGCCUCAAAAGUCGUCUCAAAAGGCGCCUCAAAAGGUGACCACAGUCAUCGCCGGCUGUGUCACGGGAGGAGCGCUGUCCGCUAGAGAGGGACCAGAAGCAGCAUGCAUGGGGUGUGUGCUCGCAUCACUGCCUUUCCUGUUCCAUAAGGCAUGCCAGGAAACUCAUGUUCUUCUCCUUCUCCCUUCUCGGCCCCCUUGUACCCCGUUCUCACUGCCUUUCCCUGCAGCGGGCCCGCAAGCAGCAUGCAUGGGGUGUGCCGGCUUCGCUGCCUUCUCACUCCUCAUUGAGAAGGUUCUAGAGCGAUACCACUAG